CCUCGCAAAGUUGGAAGCUUGUUCUGCUGCCGACACCGUGCUGCGGCACGCAAAUCUGCGAGAGGGUGGCUUCGCGCUGCACAAUUUGGCGGCACCCAUCAUUCAUCACCCUCAUUCUCGACCUUCCAACUGAAUUAUAAAUUGACCCAGCUGCUGUAUCUCUCGAUUUUCUCAAGGCUUCAGUUGGCCUACAAUGCUCAUCAAAUGCGUCCCUCUGGGGGCGGGGCAGGAUGUGGGGAAGAGCUGCGUGAUUGUGACGAUCGGAGGGAAGAAUAUUAUGUUCGAUUGCGGGAUGCACAUGGGCUACCAAGACGAACGCCGUUAUCCCGAUUUCUCCUUCAUCUCCAAGUCCGGCGACUUUACCCAUGUCAUCGACUGUGUCAUUGUCACGCACUUCCACUUGGAUCAUAUAGGAGCUCUACCCUAUUUCACUGAAGUCUGUGGUUACGAUGGCCCUAUAUACAUGACCUAUCCGACGAAAGCCUUGGCACCUUUGAUGCUGGAAGACUACCGCAAGGUCAUGGUAGAGAGAAAAGGAGAGCAAGAGCAGUUCAGCGUUCUUCAAAUUCAAAAAUGCAUGAAGAAAGUGACUGCGGUUGAUUUGCGCCAGACAAUAAAAGUGGGUGCGGACCUCGAAUUUAGGGCAUAUUAUGCUGGCCAUGUACUUGGAGCAGCAAUGUUUUGGGUCAAGGCUGGGGACGACACUGUUGUUUACACAGGAGACUAUAACAUGACUCCAGAUCGUCAUCUUGGUGCUGCCCAGAUUGAUCGUUUGGAGCCAGAUCUCCUUAUUACGGAAUCAACUUAUGCAACCACUGUUCGGGAUUCCAAACGAGCUCGGGAACGUGAAUUUCUUAAGGCUGUUCACAAGUGUGUCGCUGCAGGUGGCAAGGUGCUGAUACCUGUGUUUGCACUUGGUCGAGCCCAGGAGUUAUGUAUUCUACUGGAUGAGUAUUGGGAGCGUACCAAUCUUGAUAUGCCCAUCUACAUCUCUGCUGGGCUAACCAUGCAAGCAAAUGUGUAUUAUAAGCUGCUGAUCAGCUGGACCAAUCAAAAAGUCAAAGACACCUAUGUUACAAGGAACACUUUCGAUUUCAAACAUGUUAUACCAUUUGAACGUUCAAAAAUAGAUGCACCGGGACCAUGCGUUCUGUUUGCAACUCCUGGAAUGCUUAGUGGAGGUCUCUCGCUUGAGGUGUUCAAGCACUGGGCUCCUUCAGAGAGCAACAUGAUCAUUCUGCCGGGGUUUUGUGUUGCAGGAACUGUUGGUAGUAAGCUCAUGCCCGGAAAGCCCGCGAAAAUUGAUCUUGACAAGCGCACAACCUUGGAUGUUCGUUGCCAGAUCCAACACUUAUCGUUUAGUGCUCAUACGGAUGCCAAGGGCAUUCUGGACCUUGUGAGGCAUGUUGCACCUAGGAACGUGGUCUUAGUCCAUGGAGAGAAGCCCAAAAUGGCCAUUCUGAAGAAGAAGAUCUCCUCAGAUUUGUGCAUUCCUUGCUACGAUCCAGCAAAUCUCGAGACAGUAGAGAUAACACCUCGAUGUCCUAUUAAAGUUGGAGUAUCCAAGCAAUUUCUUGAAUCUAAUCUCAAAAAAAGUGAGCAAGAGUGCAUACUGGACGUACCGCUGGAGGAGGAAGGUAGUCAGACAGAGAUCGUAGCGUCACUCGAUCUCUCCCAGCUGCAAACAGAGGAUCGUCAGUUCCAACUUCCUCGUGCGAGAGAAGACAUUCUAGUAAACGGCUUUGUCAUAAUGGAAGACUCAUUAAGAAUCAAAGUGAUCCAUCCUGAUGAGGCUUCAUCUGUGCUUGGACUCACCCGGCACCACAUGAGUUUCUCCUGUUUGUGUCCUAUUUACCCAGCCCAUAACGAUGGAAAAAACGAUUUGCCAGUCAGAUGUCCAUCCCCGGUUGAUUUGAAUGCUGCAGAAGAUGGUAGACAAGAAACACUAGUGGGCAUUAAGAGACAAGAAGAGGAGCCAUCGAAGAAACGGCACCGAAUGGAUUUACAACGCAACCUCAGUCUGGACUUGGAACGAGAGCCUGUGUUGGAGGAGUCAACUGAGGAUGCCUGUGAGUUUGAGUCAUCGUCAAGAGAUUUUUUCAAUGGUCCUCCUCAAGAGACGAACCACAACACCGUGCGAGGUUUAGGAGGUGGGAUCAGCCUCGACAUCAAUGCUACACCAGACCCGUCUACUCCUGCUGAAAGCCCUUCCGUUGGAAGCAGAGGCCAAGACAUGGAAUUUGUCAGUGUCUGGCCAGCUCAAAGCCAGCAACGACUAGAGCCCCUUUCCGUUCUUCAUGUAAUAUUUAUGUGUCUAGUCAUGCAGCUUGGAGAAGGCGUAGUGGAGGAGAAGCAUGAAUGUAUACAAGGUAGGUCGAUUAGGAUUAGUGUAAGCCCUGAAGGUAAAAACCUUGACUUGGAGAAUGUUUCACAUUCUAAUGACGGUAUGACGACGACGAAGCCAGUAGUGGUACUACUUUGUGAAUGGUCUUCUGAAGCCCAGAUUCUAGCAGAUAGGAUCCUUAACGUGUUAACAAAAUUGAAGCUGAAGUUGUGAUGACUGGUUCUGAAUGGACUAUGUUACUUUGGGGCAUAUGUGAUAGUAGUAAUUCCUUGGCGUGCUUUUGAAGAGGAGGAGGAGCAUCUACUUGUCUGGAGGGGAAAUUCAGUUUAUUAAAGAAAUUCCAAGCGGCAACACACUUGAAUAUGGUCUUGUUUUUCCAA